GGAGCACCAGGCGCCCACGAGAACGCUGUUCUCUUUGGCUUCCGGGCGCACGCUACUCUGUCGCCGCCGUCAGACCGGAAUUCCCGGUGCCGCCGCAACCGCCGUCUGUGCGCCCACCUCUGCUGCCGCCAUGGGGAUCUUAGAGAAGAUCUCGGAGAUCGAGAAGGAGAUCGCUCGGACGCAGAAGAACAAGGCCACUGAGUAUCAUCUGGGCCUGCUGAAAGCUAAGCUCGCCAAGUAUCGGGCCCAGCUCCUGGAACCGUCCAAAUCGGCCUCGUCCAAAGGAGAGGGCUUUGAUGUCAUGAAGUCGGGCGAUGCCCGUGUGGCGCUGAUUGGAUUUCCCUCUGUGGGUAAGUCCACAUUCUUGAGUCUGAUGACCUCCACGGCCAGCGAGGCAGCGUCCUAUGAGUUCACCACUCUGACGUGUAUUCCUGGGGUCAUUGAAUACAAAGGUGCCAACAUCCAGCUCCUGGACCUUCCUGGAAUCAUUGAAGGCGCAGCCCAAGGAAAAGGCCGUGGCCGGCAGGUGAUCGCUGUGGCGCGCACGGCUGACGUCGUCAUCAUGAUGCUGGAUGCCACCAAGGGAGAGGUGCAGAGGUCUCUGCUGGAGAAGGAGCUGGAGUCUGUGGGCAUCCGCCUCAACAAGCACAAGCCUAACAUCUACUUCAAGCCCAAGAAAGGCGGUGGCAUCUCCUUUAACUCGACAGUCACGCUGACCCAGUGCUCGGAAAAGCUGGUGCAGCUCAUCCUGCAUGAAUACAAGAUCUUCAACGCGGAAGUACUCUUCCGAGAAGACUGCUCCCCGGAUGAGUUCAUCGAUGUGAUCGUGGGCAACCGGGUGUACAUGCCCUGCCUGUAUGUUUAUAACAAAAUCGACCAGAUCUCCAUGGAAGAGGUGGACCGCCUGGCCCGAAAACCCAACAGUGUGGUCAUCAGCUGCGGCAUGAAGCUGAACCUGGACUAUCUGCUGGAGAUGCUUUGGGAGUACUUGGCCCUGACCUGCAUCUACACCAAGAAGAGAGGACAGAGGCCAGACUUCACAGACGCCAUCAUUCUCCGGAAAGGGGCCUCAGUGGAGCACGUGUGCCACCGCAUCCACCGGUCACUCGCCAGCCAGUUCAAGUACGCCCUGGUGUGGGACACACACGCCCGGGGAUAUCUUCCUUGGCCUUGGCCAGUCCAGGCUGAAGUGACCCCUCUGCCCCCAUUCCUCACCCAGGGCACCAGCACCAAGUACAGUCCGCAGCGGGUGGGCCUGACCCACACCAUGGAGCACGAGGAUGUCAUCCAGAUCGUGAAGAAGUAACGGCGCCUGCUGGGCCUCCCACCCACCUGCCUCGUCUCCCUGGGGAGGUGGUCCCGCUGGGACACACAAACACCCAAACAGAAAAAUACGAAUACACGUACCCCAGGAAGGGGUCCCUCAAGUCUCUGCUAUUUACAGAAGUUUCUUCAGUAGGCAGACGAAGAGUGUGUUGGGGCAGAGGAGCUCAGCUGGAGGUAUUUCCCAUAAGACUGAGCCCUCUCAUGGGGGUUUUGAGUUUGUAGUGCUGAGCCUGCAUCUGUGCCCCGCAGCCCCCUGCACUGAGGGAGCAAGUUGCCCACCUGCCCGCCAGCCAGGGCCUAAAGUAGAUGGCAUGCUCAGUGCCAGGCUGGUAGCUGGGCCUGUUUGGGUCCCUGGAGGCGGUGGCUGCUGUCACGGCACCUCACUCCCUCGGCUCCUGCCAGCUUCUCUGACACUUGGGUUGGGGGCCCUUCCAGGAGGAAACCCCCUUGGGUGCCCCACACAGGGCUCUCCAUGAUGGGAACCAGCGGUUAGUGGCUUCAAAGGCCCAGCUGACACCCUCCACAGCCUAAGGGGUGUCCUAAAGUGCCUCCCCCUGUAUUCCCCCUCCCAGGGCAGCCCCUGCCCAGCACAAAACCCCAGGACCCUGGCUCUGCAUGCCUGGGGCAGGGACUUUUGAGUGCAGGAUCUGUAUUUUCUAAGUCCCCAGUUCUCCUGGCUCUCCUUUCUGAAAUAAAGGAUUGAAAACGG